CAGUAGCUGUGAGUCUCUGCGUCUCUCCAUGAAGAAUGGAUCAGUGUGAGGACAGAGAGGAGGGAGCCCCUCCCCCAAAGACCACCGACAGGACCCCCCCAGGACCUGGACCCGACAGACCCCUCAAAGCUCAGAGGAUCCACCACAGACCAGAGUCCUCUGGACCUGAUCCUGGACCUGGAUCCAGUUGUGCGUCCUUCAGGAGUGACCGGUCCAGCAUGGAACCACCAGAUUUUUCCACAGAGACAGUGGAGCAGCAGAGCUCAGAGGUUCCCAGUGAUCCACAGCAUCCAACUCAGCUGGACUCCACAUGUGAGGAAACACAGAUGGCGGCAUUUAAAGAAACUCUGUUGAAAAUUCUGGAGGAUUUGAAUGAUAGUGACUUUAAAAAGGUCAAGUUGUUCUUGGAAAAUGAAAAACCACGAAUCCCAGUGAGUAAACUGGAGGAUGCAGACCGGAUAGACACAGUACGUCGGAUGGUCCAGACCUACUACACAAAUACUCAGAAAGUCACUGUAAGGAUUCUGAAGAAGAUGGAAAGGACUGAUCUGGUGAAGAAACUUCCAGAAGGCAUCCUAGUAUGUAAAGAGAGCAUUGACCAGUGUCGGCGAAAACUGAAGGAUAAGCUGAAGCGGAAGUUUGUGCGUGUGUUUGAGGGCAUCGUUAAAGCGGGACACCCCAAAACCCUCCUGAACCAGAUCUACACAGAGCUCUACAUCACAGAGGGAGGGGCUACAGAGGUCAACCAGGAACAUGAGGUCAGACAGAUUGAAAAAGCAUCCAGGAAACUGACUGUCUAUGGCCUAUCAGAUGAAGGCUUUGAAGGUCUGUCCUCAGUUCUCAGAUCCCAGUCCUCUAGUCUGAGACAUCUGGCCCUCAGCACCAAUGACCUGGAGGAUUCAGGACUGAAGAUCCUCCUGGCUUCAGUGGGCGUCUACCGCUGCUCCUUCUGUUCCAGAUCAUUAGUGUGCAUGAGCUGUCAGUGUAUCAAAGAUCUGGGAAAAGUCAGAUGUCUCACUCUGAGCUACUUCAACUGGCUACGGUCGAACAUGGUUUAUCCUGGGAUUGGAUACACACGAUGA